AGCAGUCUAAACAAGAAGUGCACGAUGAGAUUUCUGAUUGUAGCCGCCGCCGUCCUCGCCUGCGCCGCAGCCGCACCUUCCGGUGCGCUGCUGGCCGGAGCAUACAAUGGCUGGGCCGGACUCGGCCAUGGAGGUUUGGCUCUCGGCCAUGGUGGUUUGGCUCUUGGCCAUGGCGCCGUAGCCGUAGCCGCUCCCCUGGCUGUCGGCCACGCCGUCGCUCCCACCAUCCCCCCCGGUGACAUCCAAGGUGCCGCCAUCGACGCCCACGUGACCGCUUCCGACCACGCCCGCGCUUCAGUCGACGCCGCCCGCGAAUGGCACGACCAGGCCUCCGAAGUCCAAGGCCAGGCUAUCAACGCCGCUGAAGACCACGCUUGGCAAUCCGUCAACGCCGCCCAAACCGCCCAGGCUCAGAUCGAUGGCGCUUCCGCCGGAGUAGCUCCAGUAGUCGCCCGUCAGUUGGCUGGACACGGUGCCAUCGCACCUGUGGCUGCUUACGCCGCUCCGUUGGCCGUUGGUCACGGUGUUGGUUUGGCCGCUGGUCACGGACUCGGUUUAGCCGCCGGUCACGGACUCGGUUUAGCCGCCGGUCACGGACUCGGUUUAGCUGCCGGUCAUGGAGCGUGGGGCGCAUCCGCCAUCCACGGAGGUUCCCACUCUGUAGCCACCUCAUCCCUCUCCCAGACCCACCCCGCUCCAGUUGUCCACGCACCCGUGGCCUACGCCGCCCACGGCGGAUACGGUCAUGGACUCUCGCACGGAUGGUAACUGUGAUAGGUGUGUUUAGGCCAAAAAAUCUCUUGUAAUACUCAAUCUUCUUAAUAAUGUUUGGAAUGUAAUUUAUAUUGUGGAAUUUAAAAAAAAAAAUGUACAGAUGCAAUAUAUGAGGAUGUGUGUGAAUAAACGGACGUAACUUAUAAAAUAUUAA